ACAAAUGUUAUUUUCAUUAACACAUCACCCCACUCGACUCGCUCAGUUUGAGAAAAACAAUAAAAACGGAGGGUUCCAAGAAAGGUCCUGUAUUUUUCCUUCAGUUCCAAGGCCAAAAAGAUGUCUUCCAAAGUUCUAGUACUGUUGGUCCUCGUUUUCGGUUAUUGUGCUUGUGAGGAUGUUUAUAGUUCCUGCCAGGAUAGUUACCACUGUGUGGAGAAAAGACUGAUAAAGUUAGUGGACGGUUUGGAUAGCCAGAGCAACGUCUCAGUCUUAGGAGAUUUGGUAACCCUCAACAAGAACGAAGAACAGUUUGAAGCUGCUAGAGCUGGGGAGGAUCUGCUUGAGAGAUGUGCGAGAUACUUGGCCAACAGGGAGAUCCGUUUUAAGCUACCAUCUGAGAUUUCGAAGAAUCUGAUCGAAGAAUCACGAAGCAGCAAACUGAAGAAAAUCCUGCUUCCUCUGCUGAUCCUUCUGAAACUCAAGGGAGCCAUUGUCAUCACCAUUGUUCUGGCAGUGAUCGCUCUAAUUUCCUUCAAGGGACUUGGUGCUAGUCUGAUAGCGCUGGCCAUUUCUGGAGCUACAGGAUUCAAGAGCUUACUGGAGAACCACGCGGCUGGAAGCAAAGUUUACGAAGUCCUACCCUCCGUUUCAGCAUCCCACUGGAGCAGAGUUGGUGUAGAUCCUAUAUCACCAUUGUACCCUUCAGGAGCCUUCGCUUAACUAUGUUAUCUAUUUAUUGAUAUUUAUUUUAUUUAACGUUAAUAAAAUUAUU